AUGAGCGGUCAUACCGACGAAAAAGGAAGCUCUGCGCAUUGGGCCGAGGCGUACUACCAAGACCAACGCAAGACGCAAGGAUGGAGCUCACUUUGUCGACCUGCAGCCGUCGCUGCGUACAUCGCUAUCGCAGGGCGCGUCAUUGCAGGCCCGCUGGCUCUCAUUCUGCUGUUCACCUCGACGGCCUACCUAUCGGACGGCACGGUCUUCAUCAACGCUGACCAAAGCAUCUUCGCCUUCACUGAGCGAGACCCGUCAAUGGCCGGCGGUUGCACCGGGUGCCUAGGCCCGUGCAAGAUCGCCAUGCUCAAGUACAAGCUGAUUGAAAACAUGGCAAUCACCUCCGCACCGCCAUUCUUCAUCUUCACCUCCCUCCCCCCAACUGAGUCGCUGUACGACUUCAGCUCUCUGAGCGACGAGGCGCUGACGCUCUGUCAGAGCAGCAAGAAUGAGUGGGGGACCUCCCCCAUCGUCGUCACCGGCACAGCCCAAGAACUGCUCAACAUCAUCACCGUGGCCAAGCUCAACCUCUCGCCUCAGAUGAUCCGCGAGCUGGAGCUGGCCAUUGAGCACGCCGAAGACUGCGUCACGGGGUGGACGAUGAUGUCCGUCGUGCGGCUAUUCCAGUACCCCACCGAGCCUGACAGCACGGAUUUCGGCCAGGUCCCUGCCGUGGACACGCACGUCUUCCCCGACUACACCGAGUGUCGUCCGGUAGUGGAGAUCACCGACGAGCUCGUGGGCUCGAAACUCGCGUUUGACACAGACGGCCGAGACCUGCUGGCAGUCGUCCCGGACCAACUAAAGCUCUUCCCGUACAGCUUCACCACGACUACUGUCGUGCAGUCUUACUUCCGAGCCUACUACGGCAGCUGUUGGGUGCGUGCAGUGAACACUACGGGCGUCUACAUAGAGGACACGUGCGAGGUCUCCAAGCACUGGCUGAGCUAUGGAUCGAUGGUGCACUCCCCCAACGACAUCCCUCUCUGCAGCACAGGAGGCGAGCACUACAUCGACCCCAAUGUCGGCAACCGCGUCGGGAUGAAGCUCAACACGUUCCGUAGUCGCUACGCCGAUCGCGUCUCCAUCAGUGUCUUGUCCGGUCUCGUGGUGGCACAACUGCUCGCCCUCGGUAUCGUGAGCCUCUAUCAGGUGAUGUCGCACAAGCGAUCCAUUCUACUGACCGAGAUCUGGGCCUACCGCUGCCAGAACGGCGUCAUGCAGGUGAUCUACCUCGCCCAAGUCACGUACCACCUCGUGUACAACUCCGACUUGUGCUUGCUAGGGCUCGCGACGGGGACGCUGACGGACGAGUCCAUCGCUAACCUCACGUGCUCCUUCUUCGCCUUCUCGUACUCGUUCAUCAACCUGGCCAAGGCUCGGUCGGGGGACCGACAACUGGACCGUCGGUUCCGACUCACGUGGAAAGCCAUGCAGGUUGCCAUCACGCUGUGCGUGGGGCUACUGCUGAAGUCCAUCCAACGCACCGCCAUCGGGUCCAUUCUGUCCCAGAACGCAGAGAUCUUGUGCAAAACCUCUGCGCGUGGUGCCAAGUACUGCGGACUGAACGACGCCUGCGUCCUCUUCAGAAUUAACAUGCCCACCGUGGUGACAGUGCUGUCUCUCGCGCUGGCGCUUGUGGCUGCGAUCAUAUCCUACACCGAUAGGAAGGUGGCUUUAGGGCCAUCCCUGCUUGACAACGUCACGUCGUUCGAGAGGAACUGCCUCGAUGCACCCUUCGACAAGCUCUUCCGAGACUACGACGACAUUGCGUACGUUGUGUACAACGGCAAGCGCUGCAUCACUGUCGAAGCACUGCUGCUCACAGGGUAUCUCUACUACGGGGAACACAUCUACCGAUCGUCCUCCGUCAUGCUGUUGCUACUGGCGCGUGUGGUGCCGAAGAAAAUAAUACGCACGUUCAACGUGCUUUUGCUACUCUGGCGUCUGGACCCGAAGGACGGUACACUCACUCGAGCGCACCCGUGCACGUAG